AUGGUAACCCAUUCGAACGGCGUCAAGCCAGCCUUGAUGUUUCAAUCUGCAACCCAGCGAUUCCCGCCCCUCACGAGCCUAUCCCCCUGCGCCCACAUCGAGUACAUCGAGACCAUGUGCUGGCCCUUGGGCGGUGAUCCCAUUCAUUUUGACGGCCACGCGCAGUGCAUGUGCAAAGGAAGUUUCUUCGCCGAGUGGCACGCGUGCCAGAAGUGCCUCUACAUACACGGCUACAGGAGCGAGCGGGAGAGUUCAUUUUACAACAACGUCCUCUCCAGCGCCUCGGAGCAGCUCUGUACCGGAACCCCUACCGCUCCGUUUAGAUCCCUUUUCGCCCAGAUCGAAUCUAGCGCUGCACGAGUAACCACGGGUGCGACCGUCAAGUCCGACCUCUACCCAGGCAACUCCGAUAUUGGCCUGUAUUACACAGCAAGCGGACCGCAAGGCCUCGGAAAGGUGACCGGAGAUGCUGCCACCUUGAGCAUGGCCGGUGGCCUAGCGACAGCUGGCCCCAUCACUUCGGUCCCUACGGAACCAACUCCCGCUACCGGCCAGCGACAAGGCGGCGCAACGGGAAGCGUCCCCCAGUCCGGAAGAGCAGCGAUAGCGAGCAGUGUGGGCCUUGUUUCCCUUAUAGCCGUCUCUAUGACUACCCUCGCUGCUGCCGUGUUUCUUUGA